UGUCACAAUUAGGUGUAGAUGACUAUCGUCUAAGGAGAGCAAACAUUACUUAGUCUGCUAUGGGUGCUAGUCUACAAAACGCGUACAGUUAGUCAGUACUUGCAGAAAAGCAGCCCUCCUGUUUGGAUUAUGGUAUACAGGAUUACUUAAUCCGUGACGCAGCAGAAUAACAAAACAGUGCGCAAUCAGCGUCGCAGGCUGUCUCAUGAGGACUAAACACUGACAAGCAUGUUGCGUUUGCCUGUUGUGAGUCGGAGUCUCUUUCCAGCGGCUAUCGUCAAAGGAGGCGCAGCUGCAACUAAUAAUGCUCGCACCGCAGCUACAGCAGCAGCAGCAGCUGCCAGUAACCUUGUGGAGGUGUUUGUGGAUGGGAAACCUAUCAUGGUGGAGCCAGGAACCACUGUAUUGCAGGCAUGUGAAAAGGCAGGCAUGCAAAUUCCUCGCUUCUGCUACCAUGAGCGCCUGUCAGUUGCUGGAAACUGUCGCAUGUGUCUUGUGGAGAUAGAGAAAGUUCCUAAGCCAGUGGCAGCUUGUGCCAUGCCUGUUAUGAAGGGCUGGAACAUUUUAACCAACUCUGACAAAACAAGGAAGGCCAGAGAGGGUGUGAUGGAGUUUCUGCUGGCUAACCACCCAUUAGAUUGUCCAAUUUGUGAUCAGGGGGGAGAGUGUGACCUACAGGACCAGUCCAUGCAGUUUGGCAGCGACAGGAGCCGCUUCACAGAGGGCAAAAGAGCUGUGGAAGACAAGAACAUUGGCCCACUUAUCAAAACUAUUAUGACUCGUUGUAUCCAGUGCACACGCUGUGUGCGCUUUGCCAGUGAGAUUGCAGGGGUGGAGGACCUGGGCACCACUGGCAGAGGCAAUGACCUGCAGAUCGGGACCUAUGUGGAGAAGAUGUUCAUGUCAGAGUUAUCUGGGAAUGUCAUUGAUAUAUGCCCAGUGGGAGCCCUGACUUCUAAACCAUAUGCAUUCACUGCUCGCCCUUGGGAGACCAGGAAAACUGAAUCCAUUGAUGUUCUGGAUGCUGUGGGUAGCAACAUUGUGGUGAGCACUCGUGGUGGUGAGGUGAUGAGAAUCCUGCCUUGUCUUCAUGAGGAUAUUAAUGAGGAAUGGAUCUCGGACAAAACCAGGUUUGCGUAUGAUGGACUCAAGAGGCAGAGGCUUACUCAGCCAAUGGUGAAAAAUGAGUCGGGACAGUUGAUUCCUACAACCUGGGAAGAUGUGCUGACUCGAGUUGCUGGAGCAUUGCAAGGAGUUAAGGGAAAUGAUGUCGCUGCCGUUGUCGGAGGCUUGGUGGAUGCAGAGGCUCUCAUUUCACUGAAAGACUUGCUGAACCGUUUGAAUAGUGACAACCUGUGCACUGAGGAGGUGUUCCCCAUGGCUGGAGCUGGGACUGACCUGCGUUCAAACUAUCUUCUAAACACUGGGAUUGCUGGCAUUGAAGAAGCUGAUGUGCUGCUUCUGGUAGGCACCAACCCACGCUAUGAGGCUCCUCUUUUCAAUGCACGAAUCAGAAAAAGCUGGCUUCACAAUGAGUUGCAAGUGGCUCUCGUGGGAAAGGAAGUGGACUUAAGUUAUACCUAUGACCAUCUUGGAGAGUCUGCCAAGAUCCUUCAAGAAAUUGCAUCAGGAACUCACCCGUUCUCCAAGGUCUUGUUGAAAGCAAAGCAUCCUGUUGUUGUGGUUGGUAGCAGUUGCCUGCAGAGAGAGGAUGGAGCUGCAAUAAUGGCGGCUGUAUCAACCAUUUCUCAGAAUGCUCGCGUCAGCAGUGGAGUGGAGGAAACCUGGAAGGUUCUCAAUGUGCUUCACAGGGUUGCCAGUCAAGUGGCUGCACUUGAUCUUGGGUUCAAGCCAGGAGUGGACACUAUAAGGAAGAAUCCUCCCAAAGUUCUUUUCCUGCUAGGAGCUGAUGCUGGCUGCAUUACUCGCCAGGACCUUCCUAAGGAUAGUUUCAUCAUAUAUCAAGGUCACCAUGGCGAUGUUGGUGCAACAAUGGCUGAUAUCAUACUCCCUGGAGCUGCAUAUACUGAGAAAUGUAGCACCUAUGUGAACACUGAGGGCCGUGCCCAGCAGACCAGGGUGGCAGUGACUCCUCCAGGCAUAGCCAGGGAGGACUGGAAGAUCAUAAGAGCAAUUUCUGAGCUUGCCGGAGUGACUCUGCCCUACGAUACUCUUGAUGAAGUGUGUGAUAGGCUGGCAGAGGUUUCCCCAAAUCUGGUGCGAUAUGAUGACGUUGAGGAGGCCAACUACUUUAAGCAGGCUAAUGAACUGUCUAAGGCAGUGAACCAGGCUUUCUUAACUGAACCUUUAGUCCCUCCACAGCUUACUGUGAAGGACUUUUAUAUGACAGAUCCGAUAAGCAGAGCCUCCCAGACGAUGGCCAAGUGUGUGAAAGCUGUCACAGAGGGAGCACAAGCUGUGGAUGAACCAGCCAUAUGCUAACACACACACUGGAUAACCAUCCAGUUCUUGAAAAAAAAAAAAAAAAAAGAAAAUGAUACGCACAUCUUCUCUAUUUGCACAUUCC